AUGGCAAAUGCUAUGAUGAACACAGUUUUGAAGAAAUCCCUAGAAUUAUUGCCGUCAAAGCUAUUCCUAAAGAAUGGAGCAGCUCUUGUUCACACAAGUAAGAACGUGAAUGCCAAAUGGUAUCCAGACGCAGAAUGGAUGGCUCAGUUCCAGGGACCCGUUAUGUACCCUGACGAAACAACCAAAACAUGGGCUCUGCAGCCUUGGAAUGCGAAAAAGGCUCCGGUGGAGAAAGCCGUUAAGAAUUUAACUUUAAACUUCGGCCCCCAACAUCCAGCCGCUCACGGUGUGCUGCGACUCGUUUUGGAACUGGACGGAGAAGUAGUAAAGAGAGCCGAUCCACAUAUUGGCCUGUUGCAUCGCGGUACUGAAAAACUGAUCGAAUACAAAACGUAUACACAAGCUUUGCCAUACUUCGACCGAUUAGAUUACGUUUCUAUGAUGUGUAACGAACAGUGCUUCAGCUUAGCCAUCGAAAAGCUACUUAAUAUCGAUAUACCUCUUAGGGCUAAAUAUAUCAGAGUGUUGUUCGCUGAGAUUACAAGGAUUUUGAACCACAUUAUGGCCAUUGGAACGCAUGCUUUGGAUGUGGGAGCCCUUACUCCGUUCUUCUGGCUGUUUGAAGAACGUGAGAAAAUGAUGGAAUUCUACGAAAGGGUGUCGGGUGCCCGUAUGCACGCCGCCUACAUCAGGCCAGGAGGUGUGUCUUUGGACUUGCCGUUGGGCCUCCUGGAUGAUAUCUACGAGUUCGCCUGCAAGUUUAACGAGCGAAUCGACGAAGUGGAGGAUGUGCUGACCCAUAACAGGAUUUGGGUGCAGAGAACGGAAGAUAUAGGGGUAGUUUCCGCAGAAGACGCGCUGAACUACGGUUUCAGCGGCGUUAUGCUGCGAGGCUCCGGCAUCAAAUGGGACCUUCGUAAGACCCAACCGUACGAUGCGUACCAUCUCGUAGACUUCGACAUCCCUAUCGGUACGAAAGGUGACUGCUACGACAGGUACCUGUGUCGUUUGGAAGAAAUGAGGCAGUCGUUGAGGAUAAUCGACCAGUGUCUCAACCAAAUGCCGCCAGGCGAGGUUAAAACGGACGACGCCAAGUUAACGCCUCCUAGCAGACACGAAAUGAAGACAUCCAUGGAAGCUCUCAUUCACCACUUCAAGCUCUUCACCCAAGGCUACCAGGUGCCUCCUGGGGAGACUUAUACGGCGAUCGAGGCGCCUAAAGGCGAAUUCGGAGUGUAUUUGGUGUCCGAUGGUAGCUCCAAGCCUUACAGGUGUAAGAUUAAGGCCCCCGGCUUCGCUCAUUUGGCUGCGUUGGAGAAGAUCGGGAGGAACCACAUGUUGGCCGAUAUAGUUGCGAUCAUCGGUACGUUGGACGUAGUAUUUGGCGAAAUCGACAGAUAAGUUUGUCGAACUGUUUAGGUAAUGUUAUUUAAGCAUACAGUGAUCAAAGUUUUUCCCUUUUUAAAUUAUGUAUAAUUGUAAUGUAAAUAUAGACGUACAUUUAUGUUGUAUUUCUGAUUAUUAAGAGUAUUAAAUAAUUGGAACAAUUA